AUGGUUUAGAGAGCAACAGGUGUCUCGAAAGGCUGGAUCUCUCUAUAUCUGUGAGAGGAGGAAUCUUGGAAGGAUAAGGACAGUUAUUUUCUCUCUACCUCCCUGGUUUCUCCUCAUCGCUCCAGGAGGAGGAAGAAGAAGAAGAAGAAGGGCCCAGAGAGUGACUGCUAAAGAUGAAGGUCCACGAGACGAGGUCCCACACCCAUGGGGUGGGCGAGGAAGAGGGGAAGAUGGCGACCAGGAAGCAGAAGGCUGAGGCCAGAGCCCACGAGGCGGAGAAGAACAAGAAGGCCAAGCCCGCCGACGCGGAGGGCGGCAAGACUGUGGAGUGCACCGCCAGGGAGUUCCAAGAUUUCUGCAAGGCCGUCUCCGAGCACCUCCCCGUCGAGGACAUUCGCAAGCUACUGGAAACCAACGAUCAGGAGGCUUCCGGCUCUGAUGAGGACGUCCUUUCUAGAUGGCAUGUUCCGAACUAUCUCCCUCUCUAUCCUUCUCUCUCUCCCUCUCUCUCUCUCUCUCUCUCUCUCUCUCUCUCUCAUGAUAACGAUGUAAAAACAGCCAAGACAUGCUAUUCUUCGGGCCUCUGAAGAAAUGCCCAGUCUGCGGACACCACAUAAAGUACGAGCGGAGCCACUACGCAUGCAGAGGUCCUUACAGCGAGUGGACGACCUGCACAUACACCUCUAGGGAGUCGCCGAGGAAGGCGGAGGCCGUGAAGGUCCCUGAGGGAGUCGGCAGCCCAAUGGUUGCGGAGGUGAGAUCAACCUCGGAAUCUCCUCAAGAAUCUAGUAUCUAAACGUCAGUGCUGGGUUGACUUGGUCUUCGAGCCAUUUAACUGCAGUGGGUCAGGAAGCGAGACCCGAAUCGGUACCCUCACCGGGAGUUGACUCCCCUCGACAAGCCUUUUACGGGGAUGAUGAUAUCUCUCUCGGGCCGGCUCUCACGAACUCAUGUCGGUAGUUGGGUGCAACUCUGCUUCGUCAAUGUGCUCGAUUUGUGCUUCUUUAUUUCUGCUGUUUCCACGUUGACGGCCUCGUCGUUGAAACCAGCACGUGUGGAGGGAAGAGAUAGAGAGGCACGGGGGGAAGGUCUCCAACACGAUCUCUGGUAUCAUCUUCUCUAACUCCUUCGCAGAACCUCCGUAAGUCCUACUGAUUGACUCCCCCACCCCUCAAACGGUGGGUACUAGGGGUUACGUGUCUCGUCGUCCCGCCAUCUGAGCGCGAGAGGGGAGGGUCCAGCAAACUCGCGGAAGCGAUGUAAGACCGUCGCCAUCACUCGCCUCGUCGAACUCUUGUUCUUUGAUCAAGCGGCGCAUGACGGGACCGUUUGCAGGGAGAGGAAUAUUCCGGUGGUGAGAGAAGCUUGGCUGAGAGACAGCAUCCGGGAGCAGGAGGCCCAGCCCUUGGAUGCCUACGACGUUGUCUCUGAUGUCCCCUCGGCAGGGAAAGGAACGGCGUGGGACAAGAUGGAGCUCGGCCAGGAGGCACUGGAAUCUCUCUCCGCAGAGGUAAAGCUAUUCAUCCAAGUCUUGCUCAUUAUGGUGAAAUGACCUCAUGCUAGAAGCAUACUUGCUCGACUAUGAUUGCGCUGCUUGGCAAGUCUAUGUGAGGUUUGACCAUUUUAUGUGAUAUCAGUGCUCAGCUUCGUAUUUCAAAGAUAUCCACAUCUCUCUCUCUCUCUCUCUCUCGAUUUUCUUAGUGACUGCUCCAUUAGCAUCGGCAUCUCUCUCUGAAGACUUUCAAGUAAUUAUUCCAUAAUGACCCACGUUUCUCUCUCUUUCUCUCUCUCUCUCUCUCUCUAUACGAUGGCUUGAAUCCUUUUGCUGGUCUUUUCUGCAGAGCCAGGUUGUUAUUGCAGAACAUCAUGCAAAUCUAACAUGUUAUGUGUUUGGCGUUGUCAACAUUAACACAGCUCAAACUCUACGGAAAGAGAGCGGUCUACAAGGACUCAAAGCUGCGAGAAAUGGGAGGGCGAAUACUCGAGAGGGAGGGAAUCUUCUUCAACUGCGCCUUCUCUAUCUGCGAUCAGGGAAAGAGACUAAACGAGUACGAUAUUACCCACCCCCAAACUGGAAAUCUCCGGCGGCUUUUCCGGCCCAUAUCCCCUUGACAUUUCCGUCUCGACGCAGGUACUGCAUCAUGCAGCUGAUCGCGCUACCCGACGACCGCCUCUAUCUCUACUACAAGAAGGGACGCGUCGGCGACGACCCCAGAGCCGAGGAACGGGUCGAGGAGAAGGCUGACGUUGACUGUGCAAUCAAAGAGUUCGCCCGGCUCUUUGAGGAGGUCACGGGCAACGAGUUCGAGCCGUGGGAGAGGGAGAAGAGGUUCGUGAAGAAGAGCCUCAAGUUCUAUCCGAUCGACAUGGUGAUUGCUAAGCUCCCCCAUCAUUCCUCCUCCUAUGGAUUGACCGAAUAGGUAUAUUAUGAAGGGUCAAACUUUUCCAACCUGUAGGACGACGGCUAUGACGUCCGCUACGGUGGCCUAGGUCUCCGGCAGCUCGGUUCUGCCGCCUCCCACUGCAAGCUCCAACCUUUGGUGUCCAAUCUCAUGAAGAUUCUGUGUAGCCAAGAAAUCUACAGGUGUGUCUCUUCUUCGAGGCCAUUUCUCCGCUGGGCUGAGGGAGGAGGCAGUCUUUCUCAGCUGUUCUGUGAACGUGGUGCGACAGGUACGCUCUCACGGAGAUGGGUCUGGACUCGCCGGACCUCCCCGUGGGGAUGGUCACCGGGCUCCAUCUGAAGAGGUGCGAGGAGAUCCUCCUGGAAUUCAUAGAGGUCAGCAAGAAGAUGCCGAGAGUGGAGGAUGAGGCCAAGAUGGUGUGGCUGGACUUCAGCAACAAGUGGUUCACCCUCAUGCAUUCUACCAGACCAUUCACAAUCAGAAACUACCAAGAACUCGCUGAUUACGUCAGACCCGAACGCUCUCUUCCGCUUUCUACCACGCUCCUCCCAAACUGCGGCCGCUCUCUCUCUCUCUCUUUGAAUAAAUUGCUUUAUCUUUUCAUAAAUAAUUUUUGAUAUUUUACUCGGACUCGCGGACAUGAAGGUGGCGGCGGCAUUGGAGGCUGUAAGGGAUAUCACGGUCGCGUCCCACCUCGUCGGAGACAUGACCAGAUCGACCAUUGAUGACCCAUUGUCCGACUGCUACAAGAAGCUCGGCUGCACUAUUUCUCCGGUGGAUAAGGAAUCCGACGACUACAAGAUGAUCUUGAGCUACUUGGAGAAAACCUAUGAACCCGUCAGCCACGGCGAGGUGGUAAGUACAUCUCUGCAUAAAUCAACGAAAACAACAUCAAAUCACGAAAAUUUAUAUGCAGAGAGGAAUCAUUAAUUCCUCAAAAACGAUAACGUAUGCAUGUGAGUAUAUUAUUUGAGGUGUCAACAAGUCCAGAACCCUCCCCCCUCCUCCCUCCCCCUCCUCUCUCUCUCUGUCUCUCUCUCUCUCUUUCGCUAUGGGGUAGACUCAUGAGAUGUACAAUCAUUACGAUAGUAAAUCAUAUGUUUCGUAUUACGCAGUUUAUCGUGUUUUAUGUACAUAAUAAAUACAUAUAUUUUUUUAUCACUUUGUCACAAUAUUAGCCUUUAAACUUUGCAUUACUCCGUAGAAAUACGGAGUUUCUGUGGAGAACAUCUUUGCAGUGGAGUCGAGCGGCUGUCCCUCCUACGACGAGAUGAAGAAACUUCCCAACAAGAUGCUCCUAUGGUGUGGUGAGUGACCCGAUCCGACCUUGGGUUCGAUUUGCACUGGAUGUUCGAAGCUGAUGGGAGGACUCCUGUUGAAUAGGAACCAGAAGCUCUAACCUGCUCAGGCACUUGCACAAGGGCUUCUUCCCCGCCGCCUGCUCCCUGCCCGUUCCUGGAUAUAUGGUAUGAGGAAUCCCCAUCUCUAUCAGCUCCGGAUAGAAGUUCAGAAAACGGGCUCAGAGAGAGCUGAUCACUUAUAUGCAUGACUUCCUGAUAUGCGGAUUUUCUGGUAGUUUGGAAGGGCGAUUGUGUGCUCCGACGCUGCAGCAGAGGCCGCAAGAUACGGAUUCACAGCCGUGGACAGGCGCGAAGGUUUUCUCGUCUUGGCCGUCGUCUCCGUGGGGGAGAAGAUGAUUGAUAUAUCUGCACUGCCGGAGGUACCUCCGUCCACGGCUCUUCAUCUAAUGUCAUGGCCGUCAGCGCCUUCUGGAGAAGGCGACGACCCUGGUUUAAGGCUUUUAGUCCUCCACCGUGGGCUCUCUCAGGACACCAAUGGCCUGGAGGAGAAGAAGACGGGCGUGAAGGGGCUGGGGAGAAAGAAGACUGCCGCGGCGGAGCACACAAGGUGGAAGGAUGACGUUAUCGUUCCCGGCGGCCGGCUUCUUCCUUCAGAGCACAAGGAUAGCCCACUGGAGUACAACGAGUACGCUGUCUACGACCCCAAGCAGGUCUAUCCCGAACGAGUUGCUUCAUCAGGCGAGGAAAGGACCGCUCUUCCGCAGUCUGACCUCACCACUCUCUUCUUUCCUUCCCAGGUCGCCAUCAGGUUCCUCGUGGCGGUCAACUACGAAGAGAUGAACGUGGACUACGACACGGCGGAAUAG